GAUGUGCCAAGCUCGGUCUCCGGGUUCUGACUCCCGCCCUCCAAGCUUCUUCCCGAAAACCCAGCGGGAUUUUGCUCUUUAUCCCCACCGCAGCCCAGUUACCGAAGCCGGGGUAGGAGGGAUGGCUGCUGCUGCCUGAAAAAUCCUAACUCCCACCCUGACACCCCUUACUACGACCGAGGGGGAGAACUUUUUGAUCCGACUCCUCGGAUCCUAAACCUGGCGAAGCUGUGGGGCAUUGAGAACGACGAGAGGCUUGCUCUAAAACCCGGAAGGCCCUCGUGGGGCACGGAGAUCGGACGAGGCGGGGUACUCCCCCGGUUUUCCGAUGUGUUGCAAAUCUAAGAGCUUCUUUUCUUGGCAUUUUUUUUUUGUAAACCACCCCCCCACCCCGCCUUUGGGUUCAGGGUUGCAAAAGCAAAGAGCAAUAAAAAAAAAAAAAAAGACGCGCACACACUCAGACACACACCAGUGGCGACAGGGGAGAGUUGGAAAGACGCAGGAGAGAAGCAGGAGGCAGGAGACAGCGGGGAUGGAGCACUGGGAGCGGGAAGCAGGCAGGUUCCCUCGCAAAUCCCCCUCCGGCCUCACGCCGCCUCGCCGGCCCCGGCAGGGGAGCGAGGAGCCGGGCGAGCAGAUGGAGGAGUGGAGCUCGUUCUAGGCAGCGGGCUUGGCCGGAGAAUGGAGGAGCCACCAAGCGACCGGCUGAUUGGAAGAGAAACGCAGAGCGAUGGAGGCGGGGGUAGGAGGACGAUUUCUCUGCGGGGACUGGCGGCGGCGUACACGCCCGGGUCGGGCGCUGCAGAGCUUGGCUGGCUUUCAACCCGCGCUCGCCGGCUCCAGCCCCGCGCGCCCCCACCCCCAGCCCUCCCGGCGGCUCCGCAGGGUGAGGUGGCUUUGACCCCGGGUUGCCCGGCCAGCACGACCGAGGUGGCUGGACAGCAGGAGGAUGAACGGAGAAGCUGACUGUCCCACAGACCUGGAAAUGGCCGCCCCCAAAGGCCAAGACCGCUGGUCCCAGGAAGAUAUGCUGACUUUGCUGGAAUGCAUGAAGAACAACCUUCCAUCCAAUGACAGCUCCAAGUUCAAAACCACCGAAUCACAUAUGGACUGGGAAAAAGUAGCAUUUAAAGAUUUUUCUGGAGACAUGUGCAAGCUCAAAUGGGUGGAAAUUUCUAAUGAGGUGAGGAAGUUCCGUACAUUGACAGAAUUGAUCCUGGAUGCUCAGGAACAUGUUAAAAAUCCUUACAAAGGCAAAAAACUCAAGAAACACCCAGACUUCCCAAAGAAGCCCUUGACCCCUUAUUUCCGCUUCUUCAUGGAGAAGCGGGCCAAGUAUGCGAAACUCCACCCUGAGAUGAGCAACCUGGACCUAACCAAGAUUCUGUCCAAGAAAUACAAGGAGCUUCCGGAGAAGAAGAAGAUGAAAUAUAUUCAGGACUUCCAGAGGGAGAAACAGGAGUUCGAGCGAAACCUGGCCCGAUUCAGAGAGGAUCACCCCGACUUAAUUCAGAACGCCAAGAAGUCGGACAUCCCUGAGAAGCCCAAAACCCCCCAGCAGCUGUGGUACACUCAUGAGAAGAAGGUGUAUCUCAAAGUUCGGCCAGAUGCCACUACGAAGGAGGUGAAGGACUCCCUGGGGAAGCAGUGGUCUCAGCUCUCGGACAAAAAGAGGCUGAAAUGGAUUCAUAAGGCCCUGGAGCAGCGGAAGGAGUACGAGGAGAUAAUGCGGGACUAUAUCCAGAAGCACCCCGAGCUGAACAUCAGCGAGGAGGGCAUCACCAAGUCCACCCUCACCAAGGCUGAACGCCAGCUCAAGGACAAGUUUGACGGGCGACCCACCAAGCCACCUCCGAACAGCUACUCGCUGUACUGCGCAGAGCUCAUGGCCAAUAUGAAGGACGUGCCCAGCACGGAGCGCAUGGUGCUGUGCAGCCAGCAGUGGAAGCUGCUCUCCCAGAAGGAGAAGGACGCCUACCAUAAGAAGUGCGACCAGAAAAAGAAAGAUUACGAGGUGGAACUGCUCCGUUUUCUCGAGAGCCUGCCUGAGGAGGAGCAGCAGCGGGUCCUGGGGGAGGAGAAGAUGCUGAACAUCAACAAGAAGCAAGCCACCAGCCCGGCCUCCAAGAAGCCCGCCCAGGAAGGGGGCAAGGGCGGCUCCGAGAAGCCUAAGCGGCCAGUGUCAGCCAUGUUCAUCUUCUCUGAGGAGAAGCGGCGGCAGCUGCAGGAGGAGCGGCCUGAGCUGUCGGAGAGCGAGCUGACCCGCCUGCUGGCCCGAAUGUGGAACGACUUGUCUGAGAAGAAGAAGGCCAAGUACAAGGCCCGGGAGGCGGCGCUGAAAGCGCAGUCGGAGAGGAAGCCCGGCGGGGAGCGCGAGGAACGCGGCAAGCUGCCCGAGUCGCCCAAGAGAGCUGAGGAGAUCUGGCAGCAGAGCGUCAUCGGCGACUACCUGGCCCGCUUCAAGAACGACCGGGUGAAAGCCUUAAAAGCCAUGGAGAUGACCUGGAAUAACAUGGAGAAGAAGGAGAAACUAAUGUGGAUUAAGAAGGCAGCCGAAGACCAAAAGCGAUAUGAGAGAGAGCUGAGUGAGAUGCGGGCACCUCCGGCUGCUACAAACUCUUCCAAGAAGAUGAAGUUCCAGGGAGAACCCAAGAAGCCUCCCAUGAACGGUUACCAGAAGUUCUCCCAGGAGCUCUUGUCCAACGGGGAACUGAACCACCUGCCACUGAAGGAGCGCAUGGUGGAGAUCGGCAGCCGCUGGCAGCGCAUCUCCCAGAGCCAGAAGGAGCACUACAAAAAGCUGGCGGAGGAGCAGCAAAAGCAGUACAAGGUGCACCUGGACCUCUGGGUCAAGAGUCUGUCUCCCCAGGACCGUGCAGCAUACAAAGAGUACAUCUCCAAUAAACGUAAGAGCAUGACCAAGCUGCGAGGCCCAAACCCCAAGUCCAGCCGGACUACCCUGCAGUCCAAGUCGGAGUCUGAGGAGGAUGAUGAAGAGGAUGAGGAUGAUGAGGAUGAGGAUGAAGAAGAGGAAGAUGAUGAGAAUGGGGACUCCUCCGAGGAUGGCGGGGACUCCUCCGAGUCCAGCAGUGAAGACGAGAGCGAGGACGGGGACGAGAAUGAGGAGGAUGAUGAGGACGAGGAUGACGAUGAGGAUGACGAUGAGGAUGAAGACAACGAGUCCGAGGGCAGCAGCUCCAGCUCCUCCUCUUCAGGGGACUCCUCAGACUCUGACUCCAACUGAGGCUCAGCCCACCCAUGGCAGCCAGGGAGAGCCCAGGAGCUCCCCUCCCCAACUGACCACCUUUGUUUCUCCCCAAUGUUUUGUCCCCUGCCCCCUGGCCUCCCCCACUUACUUUCUUUCUUUUUUUUUUUUAAACAAAAUACGGUGGGGGUAGGGGGCUGGAGGAGCCCAGGCCAGGACUCUACAGCCUCAAGAGACAUCAGCCCUGGGGGGUCCCCCAGGGAGAGCAUCCAUCAGACUGAGCCAGCACUGGACCGACCCGGCCCGGCCCACCCCACCCACUUCUGCACUUGCGGUUCCGGCAUGGACAAUGGACCGGGGAGUGGGGGUGGGGGGUCCCAAAGAGUUCAAGGAGGCCCUCCACACCUGCAGCCCAACCCAAGGUGGGGUGGAAGCUUGGGGAAGACCCCUUCCUUCCCAGAGGGGCUUGCCGCCUGGAUCCCUGCAUUGGAACUGGAGGCAGGGAACAUGUGGGACGAGGAGGGCAGGGGCCUUUGAGAAAACAGGCACUGCCCUGGUGGCCCUCUCCCCUGCCCCCUGCAGGAAGGAGCUGCCUGGACCCACUCAUGGGGGAGGGGGCAGAAGUGUUUUUUAUAUAUGUGUAUAUAUAUUUUUUUUUUAAGCUCUGAGCUGUCAACGAGACGUUUCCUACCGA